AUGCCUGUUCAUUUGGUGAGCGGCGCCAGCGUAGAAAAGAUACGAGAUAUUGAUAAUGGCGGGAGGAUAUAUCCUAUCGCAACAUUUGACAACAGUUUACGAGGACUUGCAUUGGGCCUCCUCUUACUUGCCUUAAAUUUAAUUCUUUCUAUCUUUCUAUUUCUGUCUGUUUAUAUCUAUCUAUCUAUCUAUCUAUCUAUCUAUCUAUCUAGGUUUCUUCAUAUCUAUCACAGUCUGUUCAUAUCUAUCUAUCUAUCUAUUUCGGUCUCUUCAUAUCUAUCUAUCACAGUCUGUUUAUAUCUAUCUAUCUAUCUAUCUAUCUAUCUAUCUAUCUAUCUAUCUAUCUAUCUAUCUAUCUAUCUCGGUUUCUUCAUAUCUAUCACAGUCUGUUCAUAUCUAUCUAUCUAUCUAUCUAUCUAUCUAUUUCGGUCUCUUCAUAUCUAUCUAUCACAGUCUGUUUAUAUCUAUCUAUCUAUCUAUCUAUCUAUCUAUCUAUCUAUCUCGGUUUCUUCAUAUCACAGUCUGUUCAUAUCUAUCUAUCUAUCUAUCUAUCUAUCUAUCUAUCUAUCUAUCUAUUUCGGUCUCUUAAUAUCUAUCUAUCACAGUCUGUUUAUAUCUAUCUAUCUAUCUAUCUAUCUAUCUAUCUAUCUAUCUAUCUAUCUCGGUCUCUUCAUAUCUAAGUCUGUUCUUAUUUAUCUAUCUAUCUAUCUAUCUAUCUAUCUAAUUCCGUUCAUAUCUGUCUAUCUAUCUAAUCUAGCUAUCAUGGUCUGUUCAUAUUUUAUUUCUCUAUCUAUCUAUCUAUCUAUCUAUCUAUCUAUCUAUCGAUAUAGGAUUUCUGUUCACAUCUAUCAUCUAUCUAUCUAUCUAUCUAUCUAUACACAUUAUGAAAUGGAGAAAACAUUUUUAUUUUAUCUAUCUAUCUAUCUAUCUAUCUAUCUAUCUAUCUAUCUAUCUCGCUCUGUUCAUAUCCAUUUAUCUAUGUACCUCGGUCUCACGUUCAAACAUCGGUUCCCAUAUGAUCACAUUCUUUCAAAUUUUCUCAUCCUCUCUUCUCUUCUCUCGCUCUCAUUUUACCUCUCUGUCUGUCUGUCUGUCUGUCUGUCUGUCUGUCUCUCUCUCUCUCUUUAUGUCUUUCCUCUUUUCAGACUAUCUCUUUACAUUUCUCUUUCGAAUUUUCUCUCUUUAUGUUUGACUUUUUUCCGACUGUCUCUUUACACUUCUCUUGUAUUUGUCUUUCGUAUUUUCUCAUCAACUCUCCUCUCUCUCUAUCUCUCUCUCUCUCUUUCUCUCUCUCUCUCUUUAUGUCUGACUUUUUCUGACUCUCUUCACUCAUCUCUUGUAUUUCUCUUUCGUAUUUUCUCACCAACUCUCCUCUCUCUCUCUCUCUUUCUCUCUCUCUCUAUCUCUCUUUCUCUAUCUCUCUUUCUCUCUCUCUCUCUUUAUGUAUCUCUUCUUUUUCAUCUAUUAUCUGAUUUGUCCUUUUUCAUUGUUUUGAAAUUUCCUUCUUUCUUUUACUCUCACUUUAUCUUCCUCUCUCACUACAUCACUUUCUCUCUCCCUCUCACCCCACUCUCUCUCUCCUUCUCUCUGUCUCAUUCUCUCUGUCUCUCUCUCUUUGUCUUUUAUUCCUUCUUUUGUACCUUUUUAUCUGCCUCACUCUCAUCGUCUUUCUUCCUAACAAUCAAGUCUUUUAUCUUGCCAUCCUUCUAUGUUUCUCCUGUCCACGCCUUCCUCACCUUCUUUUCUCUCUUUUUAGGUUCUUCAUUUCUCUUCUCUCUUUCUCUCUCCCACUAUCUCACUCUCUCUCCCCACCAUUCUUUUAGCGCGCGCAUUUCGUCAGCGUUCUAUCUUAAAUACCCUUCACCUCUUUUACCUUCCUUGCAGUGUUGUGCAUCACUUGCUGCCAUAUGCUGA